CAGCAGCCCUGACCACCAGGAGCCAGCCAUCCCAGACACUGGCAGCUGGCUCAGCUCUGCAGAAGAAGACAGUAAUGGCUGGUAUCUCCCCUGCUGUCCUUGGCUGCCCAGAUGUCACCUUGGGAAGGGACACUGCAGUCCAGGAAUUGCAAGAAAAUGUGGUAUCUGUGGACAGUUUAACACUGUCCUCCAGCAACACUGACUUUGCCUUCAGCCUCUACAAGGAGCUGGUUUUGAAGAAUCCAGAUGAAAAUAUUGUCUUCUCCCCAUUCAGCAUCUCCACUGCCUUGGCCCUUCUGUCCCUGGGAGCAAAGAGCAACACCCUGAAGGAAAUUCUAGAAGGUCUGAAGUUCAAUCUCACAGAGACCCCUGAGGAAGCCAUCCACCAGGGAUUUAGGUACCUGCUAUACCUUUUCAGUCAGCCAGGUGACCAGGUAUAGAUCAGCACAGGCAGUGCCCUGUUUGUUGAAAAGCACCUGCAGAUCCUGGCAGAGUUCAAGGAGAAGGCAAGGGCUCUGUACCAGGCUGAGGCCUUCACAGCUGACUUCCAGCAUCCUCGUGAGGCCACAAAGCUCAUCAAUGACUAUGUGAGGAAACAGACCCAGGGGAUGAUCAAAGAACUGGUCUCAGACCUGGAUAAGAGGACAUUGCUGGUGCGUAAUUACAUCUACUUUAAAGGCAAAUGGAAGAUGCCCUUUGACCCCCGGAACACAUUUAAGUCUGAGUUCUACUUGGAUGAGAAGAGGUCUAUGAAGGUGCCCAGGAUGAAAAUUAAGAAAUUGACACCCUACUUCUGGGAUGAUGAGCUAUCCUGCUCUAUGGUGGAGCUGAAGUACACAGGAAAUUCCAGUGCCCUGUUCAUCCUCCCUGACCAGGGCAGGAUGCAGCAGGUGGAAGCCAGCUUGCAACCAGAGACCCUGAGGAAGUGGAAGGACUCUCUGAGGCCCAGCAUGAUAGAUGAGCUCCACCUGACCAAGUUCUCCAUCUCCACUGACUACAGCCUGGAGCACAUCCUUCCAGAGCUGGGCAUCAGGGAACUCUUCUCCACAGAAGCUGACCUGUCUGGCAUCACAGAAAUCAAGGACCUGAGUGUCUUUCAGGUGGUCCACAAGGCUGUGCUGGAUGUGGCUGAGACAGGCACAGAGGCAGCUGCUGCCACAGGAUAUAAACUUCAUGGAUGUUGUCUAGAAAUCUACUCUAUGAUAAUAUAUUUCAACAGGCCAUUCCUGAUGGUUAUCUCUGACACAAAUACUCAUGUUGUCCUCCUCAUGGCCAAAGUUACAAAUCCAGAGAGAGAUGAGAACUUCCCAAAUGGGGAGGGUGCUUCUUCACAAGAGCUGGAAAUUAAGCCUGUAUGUAGGUCUGUCUGCACAUGUUGUUUGCCAUGCCUGACUGGACAGUGACCCCGACUAACUCUGUCAUGUCCUCAUGCAGAAAAACAAGCCUAUGGCUGGUCAGUGUCAGACUCCCCGUCAUCUUGGCAACACUAGCUCAGGUUCCUGACCUGAAAUUUGUGUUAUUCCCUGUCCUGCUCUCUCCCUGUAUCUCCCUCAACCCAAAGCCUGGGCCCGGCAGUGAGGCUCUCUCCUCACUUAGGCUCUGCUUAUGUCUGCCUUCAGCCUUUCAGUCAGGAUGGCACUAUGCAAGUUUACAG